AAAAAAAUUGCUAGUUUCACGCACAUUAUGUAUUAGUUUUCUCAAUUGUUUGAAAUAAAAAAUUUAAUUUGUGCUAUAGCAGAAUAAAAGCGUGUAUCUCAACGAUUCGCGAUAGUGCGUAGCUUUCGUUUCACUGUUAUCGUUUCAAUUCGAGGAACCGGGUUUUCAAUCCCAAGAAAUACUGAGAUCCCUAUAUUAUUUAUUAUAAUUCAUCAAAGCAAUGCAAGAAUUAGGAUUUUAGAGGCUGUAAGUAAUUUGUCAAAAGUCAUCAUAUGGAACUAUGAUAGAACAAAUUAGAAAACUUUAAAUAUAAUUAGUAGAUCAUCUUUUGUUGUUGUUCAUUUGAAUUUAUUUAUUUAAGUUAAAUUUAUUUGUAUUGGAAAAAAUAUUUUAAUUUAGUAAAAAAAAAAAAAUGUUCUUAAAUUAGAGUAAACUUAUAACUGGGAAUGAUAAGAUAUGCCCCCAGCACUGGAAAUUAAACGCACUACGUCUAGUAAAAGCAAAUCAAAUCAAAAAACUAGAGAGAAAAAAAGUAAACGCAAACAUAAAGAGCACAAAAAACGUGGAUCUUCCUCAAAUAAACCCUUAGUUGAGUAUUCUGAUGUUAGUUCAGAAGAACUUAGCAGCCCUGAAGCUGGAGAAAUAAAUAGUGAUAUUGAAGAAGUUUUAGCUUCACAUAGGUUUAAACCUGAAAAUAAUUUUGUUGCUCAUGAUGUUCAAUUAUCUAAUGUGAACUCUUCUCGAUCACUACUACAAAUUGCUUCUCCAUUAAAUAAUCAAUGGGAACAGGAUUCUUUACCUGAUGAAUCAUCUACUUCAACUAACUUGACAUUAAGUAAUGGUAUCGUGGAUUCAAUAUCUCCUAAACAGAGAAGAGUAAAACAUAAAAAAAGUAAAAAAGUACAUAAAAAGUCAAAUAGUCCAAGUACAAAAAAAAAAAAGAAAAAGAGAGAGUCAAAAGAAAUUCCUGAUUCAUCUAAUUAUGAUGACAGUAGGUUGGUAAAGUUUUCUGAUUUGUUACCAAUAAAUAUUUCUAAAAGUAAUGGGGAUACUUUAGUUGAACCCAAUAGCACUGCACAAACCCCUGAUGAUGAAUCACAUACUCCACCAUUAGUAACAACAGCUCAUUUAUCUGUUUCCAAAAUUGAACCAUCAUACAGUGAAGAUGAAAAACAUAUCAAGCGUCUUAGAAAAGAAGACAAAAGUUGGAUGAAGAGCCCACCAUUGUUAAAUUUAGAAAUAAGAAAAGAAUAUAGCCAUACUCCAGAACCUCCAGAUGGUCGAUUUAAUUAUAGUUCGCAAAGCAUUUCAAAACAUUAUAGCCGUGAUCAUAUAAGACAUAUGGACGAUUAUAGUGAAAGAUGUGAUAGUGAUGGAUUAAAAUCCAGUAAAAACAAAUCUCAUGAUAAAUAUGGUAGAAGUAGAACUCGAAAGAAAAAAUCUGAUAAAGAUAGAUCACCUGGUCAUAGUCAUAGGUUGUCAAGAAGUCCAAUUAGAGACAGAAAACAUUAUGAACAUUCAAGAAACUUAAGGUUGUCUAGGUCUCGAUCAAAUUCACCUAACAUUUUGAGACACGAACAUAAUGAUUAUCAUUCUCCAAAACGGGCCUUAAAAUCUCCAUCACAUACUUAUUUAAAAUCAUCAAAGCACAUGUCAUACACAUCUAUGUUAUCCCCACAUCAUAAUUCUUCUGCAACUUCCCCUCAUAGAUCUCGAUCAUCAAGGAAAUGUACUAAACGCCCUUGUUCGAAGUACUCUCGAUCACCUUCUAAAAAUGUUUAUAGUCGAAGUGGUUCACAUACUCCAACAAAAGAAACAAAAAAUAGACACUCUGAUAGUGACUCACCUGGAAGUUAUUCUUCUACAGCCAAAAGAAAAAGACCUACUAAAAGUCCUACAAAACAAUUAAAACCUAAGAUUAAAAUGAGUGAAACAAGUCUUUUUGCUGAACUGGUUAAAGACCGAAAAAUGCGUGAAAUAGCUAUGAAAUGUUUAACUCAAAUGGGUAACAAAAAUAAUGAUGAUCAUGAAGUAGUUGAAAUUCAGGAUGACUCAGACCCCGAACAAAAUAUUAUUAUUGAAGCUAAAAUCAACAGUUCCAAUUUAAAACCACAUACAAAUAAUGGAAAUGAUGAUAUUGAUUCUUCUACAAAAUUUGAUGGAUCAGAAAAUAUAAAAAAACAUAAUAAUUCUGAGUCUGACAUGUGUACAAUGAAAGCAAAUAAUAUUCCAAUAUCAGAUAUCAUACCAAAUAUUUCAAGUAAAAAUGAUAUUGGUCCUACAUUAAACCAUGUAGAAAACGGAACAGAAUAUUUUUCUGAGUCGACCUUAUUAGAGUCUCCUAAAUUGUCUCCUAACGAAAAAAAAACAAUUCAAAAUGACAAUUUUGAUGUAUUAAAAAUGCCAAUGCCCCCAAUUGUUGUACAAAAUCACAUAUCUCCAGAUUCUGAACUCAAAUACUCUAAGAAAAGUAUUAAAGAUUUACCAUUACCCCCUGGAUCUAUUCCCGAAUCUAAAGAUGAUAGAAAUGUAACAUUAUCAACAGAAACAAUAACAGAUUCUCAUCCAUUACCAGGCUUUCAACAGAAUGCUGUUAAGAGAUCUAUCAUGCUAGGAUUAGGUACAGGAUUUCCACAAAGUUUUUCAUUUACUUCAAACGCAGACCGUCCGAUUCGACCCAUUGACCCAAAUAUCAAAAUAAAACGACCUAAAGUGUUACAUCGAAGAAAAGGUACUAAAUCUGCUGCUGCAAAUAGUCCUAUCGAUUGGGGUGAACAAUGUGUUGACAUGUUUGAAGUAAUAAAUCAAAUUGGUGAAGGAACUUAUGGGCAAGUUUAUAAGGCUAAAGAUAAAACUACAGGGGUUUUUGUUGCUCUCAAAAAAGUUCGCUUAGAAAAUGAAAAAGAAGGUUUCCCAAUUACAGCUGUCCGUGAAAUCAAAAUUCUACGUCAAUUAAAUCAUAAAAAUAUAGUGAAUCUUAGAGAAAUUGUUACUGAUAAACAAGAUGCACUUGAUUUUAAAAAAGAUCGAGGUUCAUUUUAUUUAGUGUUUGAAUAUAUGGACCAUGAUUUAAUGGGUUUAUUGGAAUCAGGAAUGGUAAAUUUCAAUGAAACACACAAUGCUAGCAUUAUGCGACAGUUACUAGAAGGUCUAAAUUACUGUCAUCGUAGAAAUUUUUUACAUAGAGACAUUAAGUGCAGUAACAUUUUAAUGAAUAAUAAGGGUGAGGUUAAACUUGCUGAUUUUGGUUUAGCAAGGUUAUACAAUGCUCAAGAUAGACAACGUCCAUAUACUAAUAAAGUUAUUACUUUAUGGUAUCGACCCCCUGAACUAUUACUUGGUGAAGAAAGAUAUGGUACAUCAAUUGAUGUUUGGUCUUGUGGAUGUAUUCUAGGGGAAUUGUUUUUGAAAAGGCCUUUGUUUCAAGCUAAUGAAGAAAUGAUGCAAUUAGAAACAAUAUCACGAUUAUGUGGAAGUCCAACCCCAGCUGUUUGGCCUACUGUUAUUAAUUUACCAUUUUGGCAUUCUUUGAAAGCUAAAAAAGUUUAUCGUCGACGAAUUCGUGAGGAGUUUACAUUUAUGAAUGAUGGAGCUUUAGAUUUACUAGAUAGUAUGUUGGAAUUAGACCCUAGCAAAAGAAUAACUGCUGAUAAAGCAUUAAAAUGUAAUUGGCUCAAAAAUGUUCAACCAGAAAAAAUGGAUGUUGUGGAAGCCUUACCUACGUGGCAGGACUGUCAUGAAUUAUGGAGCAAGAAAAGAAAACGAGAUCAAAGAGUACGAGAAAACCAGCCUAAGAAUAAUGAAGCAGGAGAAACAAAUCUAGGAGUUAAUAUUGACCAGCAAAACAACGAAAAUAAUCCUGCAGAAUCGAUAAAACCAAAUUCUGAAAAUAUUAAUUCUAAUGAUGCUGAAAUAGAUACUUCAUUAGCAGCAACUGUUAGUAAUACUAAUAAUGAGUCAAAGGUGGUGAAUAAUGACAAAGAAAAUACAAAGGACAGUAAUGCAGAGAUUUAUGAGGUAACGAGUACAACCCUUGAUGUUCCAGAAGAUUUCACUCCACCUAUUAACAAUGAGUUUAAUUCCUGUGUGAACUCAUUCUUACCUCCUACUGGGCGUUUUUAGAUGUUCUGUUCUGUGAACUGGAUUAUUAUUAAAAUUCUAACGUGAUUGUAAAUUGAACUCCUUCAAAUUAAAAGUUAUA